AUGGCUACCAGUGAGAAAUUAAUUGUUUCUUGCCGAAUCCGGCCGUCUUUAAUAAAUUCAGGAAAUGAUAAUCAAUCUAUUGCUGUAGAUUCUUUAAAUAAUACGGUUUCAAUAUAUGAUAGUGAUAGUGAGCACACAAAAUAUACAUUUGACAAUGUAUUUGAUAGAAAUUCUACCCAGGUUGAAAUUUUUGAAAAACUUGGAAAAAGAAUUGUUGAUGGAUGUAUAACAGGUGUUAAUGGAACUAUAUUCGUUUAUGGACAAACUGGUUCAGGUAAAACAUGGACGAUGUUAGGACCAAUUGAUGGGAAAGAAAAUAAUAUUGAAAAUCAAGGGUUGAUUCAAAGAUCUAUUAAUUAUCUUUUAUUAAAAUUGGAAAAAAUUAAGACAUCUCGUUGUUCUGUAUCUUUUGCAAUCAAUGCUCAAUGUAUUCAACUUUACAAAGAAACUUUAUAUGAUCUCCAAACUCCACAUUUACAGAAAAUAACAUUGAAAACACGACCUCAAGGAAUUGUUGUUGAAGGUGCUACUAAUACAUUUAUCAAUACUUCAUCUGAUUUACAAAAAAUGUUGAAAGAGGCAUGGACAAAUAGAAUUGUUUCAGAGACAUCUAUUAAUGCUGAGUCAUCUAGAUCUCAUGCUAUUUUUACGUUUGAUAUUGAAAUUAAAGAGACGAUUGAAGAUGCAGUUUAUGUACGUAAAUCUUGUUUAAAUUUGGUUGAUUUAGCAGGUUCGGAACGUAUAAAUAUGUCAAGUAUUGAUACAGAACGUAUUCCUGAAACAGCUGCUAUUAACAAGUCACUUCUUCAAUUAGGUCGUGUCAUUCGGUCCUUAUCAACUUCGAAUAACUCGUAUGUUGCAUAUAGGGAUUCUCUUCUAACUCAACUUCUUCGAGAUUCAUUAGGUGGAAAUGCCAGGACAGCAGUAAUUGUCAAUUGUCAUCCAGAUCGAAGAUUCAAAGAAGAGUCUAUAUCUACAUUAAAUUUUGCAAUGAAUUGUAUGAAAGUUAUAAAUAAAGCAAGAGUAAAUGAAGAUUUACGUGCUAAAAAUGUUGAUGUUUAUAAAAAUCUUUUAUCUAAAUCAAAGGAAGAAUUAUAUUUAUUAACUAAAGAGUUUGAAAAACUUCAAGAGAAGAAAGACAUUUCAAAUAAAGAAUUUGAUGCUAUUCGUGCAGAGAACAAUAGUCUUGAAAAACAACUAUUAAAAAAAAAUGAAGAUCUAGAGAAAUUACAUGGGCAGUUUGUUAAACUUGAAGAGGAACAUGCUAAAGAUGUAAUGGAAUACAAAAUUAGUAUUACUGAUUUAAAAACUCAACUGUCUGAAUUGAUAAACAUCAGUAGAAGUAGACAACCAUCAGACAGCAAGAAGAAUCGUAGAAGAGCCAUACAUGUUCCAACAAAUUUGAACAAACUUGUUGAAGAAACUAAAUUAAAUAUUGACAAAGAUCAAGAACAAAUGAACUUAACAUUUGCUUCUUCUGCUCAACAAUCUUCUGAAAUUGAAAUGUUAAAAGUGGAGAAACUUCGUCUUGAAGUAGAGAUAAACAAUUUAUCGAAUACAAUAAGAAAUAAAGAAUCAAUUAUUGAAAAAUAUGAGAAUUUGGAAAAUGAAAAAAUUCAACAAUAUAUGAGUAAGGUUAUUGACCUUGAGAUGGUAAUAGAUGAAUUGAGGGAAAAACUUCAUAGUUCGGAAGUUAGAGAAUCUAGAAAUGAAGUUGAAAUUGAAAGUUUGAGAAAAAUUGUCGAUGAUAAUUCAGUGACAUUAAAGGAAUCUCUUGAAAAUGUUGAGUUACUCCAGAGUAAACUUUUAACAGCAGAACAAAAUUGUGAUGACCUUAAACAGCAAAUAGCAGCUAAAGAUAUAGAAUUAGAAAAUGCACUUUAUGAAAUUGAUAAUCUUAAGCUGUUUAAUAAAAAAGAGUUAAAGGAAAAACUUGAAGAACAAAAAGCCAAACUUUGUGAGGAAUUUAAUAACGAUGAUGUUAUUGAAGAAGUUAAAAAAAAUUAUGCUAUAAUUACUGAAGAGUUGAAAAGUAAAGUAGCUGAAAGUGAUAAAAUAAAUGCUGAUUUAAGAAAUGCUCUAUCACAGGUAACACAACAAUUGAAUGAACAAAAUGUUACCAAUAAAAAUUUAAUUGAAAAAGAAAAUAUAUUACUUAAACAGGAGAUAGAAGCAGUUACAACUCAAAACGAUGAACUUUUUGUGAAGAUAAAAGAGUUAGAAGAUUUAAAUAAACUUGAAACUAACAAAAUGGCUAAACAAUAUGAAGAAAUCAACCAAGCAUUAUUAAAGACUAAGAAAGAAAAAGAAAGUUUAGAAAUGCAGAUAAGAUCUAUGGUUGAAUCUGUACUUAAUCAAUGUUUCUCACCGAAUGAUUUUAGGAUGUCUGUUUUAUCUUCAUUUAAUUCAUCUUCUUCUAUUUAUGAUGCUGUUGUAUCUAAAGUUAAAGAAAUGAAAGAUCAAUUAUUAAAUGAUAAGUGUCAAAGAGAAUUUACUGAAGAGAUUCUUAAACGAGCACAAGAAGAAAGAGAUGAAUGGGAGGAGAAAUAUUUGAAACUAGAAGAUGAGUUUAAAAAGUUAAAUGAAAAAGAGGAUAUUUCUGAAGAAAUUAAAUUUACUAGCCCAGUAAAAAAAGUUGGUACAAAAAAAUCAGAACCUCGUAAAAAAGUAUUAAAAGAACAGGAACAACCAAGUAUUACGGAGUCAGUUAGAAGAUCAACAAGAAAAAAGAAAACUACAUGCUAA